AUGUUAAACGGUGGGCAAAAGUUUUCCAAGAUGGAUUUAUCGGAUGCUUAUAUGCAGCUAGAAUUAGAGGCUGAAUCUAAGAAAUAUACCACGAUAAACACUCACAAAGGAAUGUUCGAGGUGUUGAAAAGAUUGAGGGAGGCCGGAUUCAGGUUGAAACGAGGAGAAUGUGAAUUUCUCAAAGAAGAAAUGGAAGGGGUUAGACCCUCGCCAAAGAAGGUUCAGGCCAUGGUGAAUAUGCCAGAACCGAAAAAUUUGAAAGAAGUUGAGUCUUUCAUAGGAAUGUUACAAUAUUAUGGGAAAUUUAUCCCAAAUUCUGUCCACUUUAGCAGCACCACCUAA